GACCUUGGUUUGCUAUAAAAAUGGUAAAUAUCUACAACAUACAGCAAUAGGGAGGAUACUUUAUUGUAGAAAGAGAGAGGGAUGGAUAGAUGAAAGGAUUGAUUGAUGCACACGGGGGAUGGUAUCGAUCUCAAGAAACACCACGUCAAGAACUCCAACCGUACUUCCCCCAAGUCUGACAACGUUUACUUGGCUUUAUUGGUCAAGCUUUACCGUUUCCUUGCUCGUCGUACUGAUGCUAAAUUCAACAAGGUCGUCUUGAAGCGUCUCUUUAUGUCUCGUGUCAACCGUCCUCCCGUCAGUCUUUCUCGUGUUGUUCGCAGCGCCAAGGGUAACAACACCGUCGUCGUUGUCGGUACCGUCACUGAUGACAGCCGUCUCCUUGAAGUCCCCAAGCUCUCUGUUGCUGCCCUUCACUUCACCAAGACCGUCAAGGCCCGUAUCUUGAAGGCUGGUGGUGAAUGUUUGACCUUGGAUCAAUUGGCUCUCCGUGCUCCUACUGGUGCCAACACUAUCCUCAUCCGUGGUGCUAAGAACGCUCGUGAAGCUGCCAAGCACUUUGGUUUCGGUCCUCACAAGAACAAGAAGCCCUAUGUCCGUUCUGAAGGUCGCAAGUUCGAACGUGCUCGUGGUAAGCGUUCUUCUCGUGGUUUCAAGGUCUAA